UUUAGACUCGAGAUUGUAGCACUAAAACUGAGAUGCGAAGUCUUGUCCUCAUCAUAAACACUUGCAGAAUUUGUCUGAAAAAAUAAAUAAACACUUGCAGAAGAACACCCAUUUAGAACCGAGAUGGCUAAGAGAAUGAAGCCGCAGCUCUUCGUUAGCAGAUUAUCCUUUUUCACCACAAAUGAAAAACUGAAGGCAUUGUUUUCGCCAUUUGGGGAAGUUACAGAAGCGAGGCUAGUUAAGGACCCAAGAACCCAAAGACCCAAAGGGUUUGGUUUUGUAACAUUCGAUUCAGAGGUUGAGGCUCAGAAUGCUUUGAAGGCCAUGAAUGGCAAGAUAGUUGAUGGGCGGCUGAUUUUCGUUGAAGUUGCAAAGACAAGGAGAGAUGAAGAUGCUACCUCUUGAUAAUAAGGCUCACUUGGGUGUUCCAUCUAGGGAUUGAAAGCAAGAUUCGGUGUCAAAUGGUUAACAAAAGAAUGUUUCUCAAUAGAAUAGUUCGGAUUUCAAGCCGCAGGUUCCCCCAAAACCACAAAUCAUUUGUAGUCAUAGGUGGUAAACUGAGUUGAUCCUGUCUUGUUUUAAGGGAGAUCGGAUUCUGGAAGAUUAUAUGGGCGUUAGGUGGUAAACACUAGAAAAAGCUGGGCAAAAAUUUAUUGAUUGGAGGUAGGAAAGAAGUUCCUAUGUGCCAUGACAUGUUAUUGUUCCUCUAUUAUAAAAGUUUUGAGGUGUCCCCAAAA